CUAUCGCACAUCUGGUACUAUCUGCUGUCUUUGGCUAUCUGUGCCAUCGUGCACGAGCUCGGCCAUGCGCUAGCCGCUGCCUGGUCAUACAUCCCUUUACGCAGAUUCGGAGUCUUCAUCAUGGGCAUAUACCCGGGGGCCUUUGUCGAUCUGUCCAAGGACGACAUGGACAAGGCGCCUGUGCUGCAGCAGCUGCGUGUUGUGUGUGCGGGCGUCUGGCACAACGCAGUCACGGCCAUGCUGAUCUACCUGUUGGUGUAUUCGGGUGGGCUCUCCCGGAGCUUUGAGUUCGCCGGCUGGCAAAAGAUCGACGGCGUGGCAAUCAUGGAUAUCGAGCAUACGUCGCCUUUAUUUGGAAGAAUUCCGGUGCUCAGUACAAUCUACCGAAUCGACGAUGUGGACUUGUCUGGGAAAUCCGGGCCCUCGCCGAUUGCCCGGUGGACCCGGGCGCUGACUGCGACCCAGGCUAACCAGGACACAGCCGAAAGCGGGUUCUGCGUCACUAGCGAGGAGAAUGUCGAUGACGGGCUCUGCUGCGAAAUGUCGCCCCAGUACCCGAUGGGCGAAAGCCCGGACACGGACAUUUUCUGCUUCGAGCCGGUUCUAUUGCUGGAUCCGGCCGACCCGCCAACCCGAUCCACAAUGUGCUUUGACCUGCGCGACGUCCUGGAGCGCACCGGCCAGCACCGCUGCAGGUCCAGCAGUGAGUGUCCAGGUCGCCACGCCGCAUGCGUCUUGCCCAGGUCGCCGUACCAGUCGAGCCGGGUCGCUCGCAUCUACUACACGAAACCCGACAUGACCAACGAAAUGACCAUAUAUGUCGGGUCUCUUUCCCAGCUCUGGCUCGACGUGCAUGCCAGCUCGCUGGUCCCAAGGCACUCGUGGCUGCCCCAGCGUAUUCCGUCCUGGACCGAGUCGCUGCUG